GACCCUUCCUGCUGGGCCAGCUUGAAUUCUUGAGCUACAGAAUUAGCUAUUUGCUCUUGGGGACAGAAGCUGACAGUGGCACUCACAGCACAGGCUUGUCAUGGGUCUAGCAGCCUCUGUGGCAUCUCCUGUCACAUUGGGAAAAUGAAGAAUUCUAGGACAUGGGCUUGGAGGACACCGGUGGAGCUAUUUCUUCUCUGUGCUGCCCUGGGCUGUCUCAGUUUGCCUGGCUCCAGAGGUGAAAGGCCACAUUCCUUUGAGUCAAAUGCAGUCAACAAGAGCUUUGCUAAGAGCAGACAGACGCGGAGUGUGGAUGUUACCCUGAUGCCCAUUGAUUGUGAGCUGUCUAGUUGGUCCUCUUGGACCACAUGUGAUCCCUGUCAGAAGAAAAGGUACAGGUAUGCCUACUUGCUCCAGCCCUCUCAGUUCCAUGGGGAACCGUGCAACUUCUCUGACAAGGAAGUCGAAGACUGUGUUACCAACAGACCAUGCAGAAGUCAAGUGCGAUGUGAAGGCUUUGUGUGUGCACAGACAGGAAGGUGUGUAAACCGCAGACUUCUUUGCAAUGGGGACAAUGACUGCGGAGACCAGUCAGAUGAAGCAAACUGUAGAAGGAUUUAUAAAAAAUGUCAGCAUGAAAUGGUCCAAUACUGGGGAAUUGGCAGUCUGGCCAGUGGGAUAAAUUUGUUCACUAACAGUUUUGAGGGCCCAGUUCUUGAUCACAGGUAUUAUGCAGGUGGAUGCUCCCCGCAUUACAUCCUGAACACGAGGUUUAGGAAGCCCUACAAUGUGGAAAGCUACACACCACAGACCCAAGGCAAAUACGAAUUUAUAUUGAAAGAGUAUGAAUCGUACUCAGAUUUUGAACGCAAUGUCAUAGAGAAAGUGGCAAGCAGGUCUGGUUUCAGUUUUGGUUUUAAAAUAUCUGGAAUAUUUGAACUUGGCAUCAGCAGUCAAAAUGAUCGAGGCAAAUACUAUAUUAGGAGAACCAAACGAUUCUCUCAUACUAAAAGCGUAUUUCUGCAUGCACGCUCUGACCUUGAAGUAGCACAUUACAAGCUGAAAUCCAGAAGCCUCAUGCUCCAUUACGAGUUCCUUCAGAGAGUUAAGCGGCUGCCCCUGGAGUACAGCUACGGGGAAUACAGAGAUCUCUUCCGUGAUUUUGGGACCCACUACAUCACAGAGGCUGUGCUUGGGGGCAUUUAUGAAUACACCCUCGUUAUGAACAAAGAGGCCAUGGAGAGAGGAGAUUAUACUCUUAACAACGUCCAUGCCUGUGCCAAAAAUGAUUUUAAAAUUGGUGGUGCCAUUAAAGAGGUCUACGUCAGGCUGGGUGUGUCCGUAGGCAAAUGCAGAGGUAUUCUGAAUGAAAUAAAAGACAGAAACAAGAGGGACACCAUGGUGGAGGACUUGGUGGUCCUGGUACGAGGAGGGGCAAGUGAGCACAUCACCACCCUGGCAUACCAGGAGCUGCCGACAGCGGACCUGAUGCAGGAGUGGGGAGAUGCUGUGCAGUACAACCCAGCCAUCAUCAAAGUUAAGGUGGAGCCUCUGUAUGAACUAGUGACAGCCACAGAUUUUGCCUAUUCCAGCACAGUGAAGCAGAACAUGAAGCAGGCACUGGAGGAGUUCCAGAAGGAAGUUAGUUCCUGCCACUGUGCUCCCUGCCAAGGAAAUGGAGUCCCUGUCCUGAAAGGAUCACGCUGUGACUGCAUCUGUCCUGUUGGAUCCCAAGGCCUAGCCUGUGAGGUCUCCUAUCGGAAGAAUAUGCCCAUUGAUGGGAAUUGGAAUUGCUGGUCAAAUUGGUCUUCAUGCUCUGGAGGACAUAAGACAAGACAAAGGCAGUGUAACAAUCCACCUCCUCAAAAUGGGGGUAGCCCCUGCUCAGGCCCGGCUUCAGAAACACUUGACUGCUCCUAGCAGAUGAUACAGCAGUGGGCUACAAACAGUGAGAGCCCCGAGCCCUCAAGAACUCAGGCCAGCUCAGCCCUACACCAGUUUCCACCUGGAGCUCAUGCAAGGGCGAAAGGCAAUGCCAUGCAAGCUGUUUAAAAUAAAGAUGUUAGCUUGUAAAAUGCAAGUUGAUUUAAAUAAAUACUGAGUUAAAGGCUUAA